GUCACGGCACGUGUCAAAUCGCCUGAUGGAGCCGGUCGACAGCGACUCGGAGCCGUCCGAGGGCGCGCGGCGCUUCGGCGAGGACGUGGCACACCGGCUGAACGCCACGCGGACGCCGUUCGUCACAGGCAUCCUCGUGGAGGUGGCCUUCGCGUCGUUGAUGACGCGGUGGAUGGCGGAAAGCACACGAGAGAAGUCACCACUCUUCAACGUCUCGGAGGAGUUCAUUGUUCAAGCCUUGUGGACUGUCUUUGGAAUCUCGGUGCUGGGUCGUUGCUUGUGCUUGCUCUACUCACACCGAGCUAUUUUGCAUCGUCGCAGCGGGCGGGUGGUGACGAUCCUUUACAUGUUCUGCGGGACGACCCAGUGGCUCUUCAACUUGUCGGUUUAUUAUUUGGCCUAUGAUGCGGCCAGUUAUGUUGAGAGAAUCCAUCAUGUGCACGUGGGUCUCUCAAACACGCCGGUGUUCUUUGAGAACCACACCAGCCUCACAAACUGCCUCAUGAAAAACAGAUGGAGGUACGAGGCCUGUGACUUCGGCGUCUCCAGCAAUUGCAGCUUGCCCUAUGUGCCGCAGCACCACUAUGUCGUUGGGGACUGCGUCUCCUCCAUCGAAGUUCAAGGUCAAGCCUGCUGCAUCUCUGAGACAUUGAAGAUGGGUAAUCCUCGCAUGACGUUGCUGGGAGUCCGGUGUUCUGUGAGGUUGGUCUUUAUGAUCAUCAAAUGGCUGGCCAUUUUGUUGGUGGGUUGGGUCUUGCGCCAUGGCUACUUUGCCGGUGGCGUCGGCAGCACCGAAUUCACGCACGAUUCCUGGCUGGACAUCCUCGAUGCAGUGGUCUUCAGUGAAAACCUUUUGGAACCCUAUGUCCGUGGUCCAGCCUAUGGGAUCUCGAGCCUGGGGCGGCCUGAGCUGCGAAACGUUUGGCGCUUCCAUGCUGUGUAUGCAACAUUUGUUGUAGCCUUCCUUUCCUCCAUUUGGUCAUGCUUGAUCUACACUGCAUUGGUGCCUGUGAAAGAGGAAGAGGCCUUGCUGGAUGCAGAGCUUGCAGAAUUCCAGUCUACAGAAGAUGGACACCACGUGAUGGUCCAGCAGGAACUGUUCGAGGAAGAUGAAGAUGGGCGCAGCUAUGCUUGUCGUGAUCUUCUUUGCAGUGGUCCAGUUUUUCGUGUUGGCCGAGCUGUGUGUGCCCAGAAGGGUGCGUACAAGGUGCACUUCUUGGAUGACAUGGAGCCGGAGGAAGGCAUCUUUCAAUUGCACGAGUUACUGCCCGACCUCUCAAAGGAUGAGGAGCUUGGUCCUUGCUGCUCAGGUUGGUUGCAUUUGGAGGAGUUCCGACAGGGACGGAAUUCCUUUGAGCGCUUUGAGCGCAGGGCUCGAGUGAUCGACGCCGGGAGAUCUUUACUGUGCUUGCAGCUGCCCUUUCUGCUUUGGCGCCUUUUCUUGAAUUCCUUCCAAUUGGAUUUCCUCUCCUGGGGAGGUCGAACCAUGCUCAUCGGCAAGAACUUCAUUUGGAGCCUCAUGGCGCUCACCAAGAUCUUGAGCUGCGGCCGGGCGGAGGCCACAGCUUGUGGUUGGCAGCCCAUGAGGUUUCUGGAGAAGGCGCACAUUGGCAAAGGCAGAAAGCUUUGGAUAAAUCCCAGAGCAGGUAGAUGUAGGUGAUGUAGGUGAAUGGAUGUACGUGAUUUGAUUUGAGUGACCGAGAUUGGACCACUGAAAGGGUGUGGCCAACGGAGGAAGGCCCCAUUGUGGAGCAAUAGGGGCAACUGUACCCUGGUCUAAUUUCUGGUCCAUCUCUCCAUAUCUCCACAUUGACAGGUUGGAUUUCAAGAUCCAGGACAUACUCCUCUGCAGAUUAACAUGGAACCCCAAAACCACUGGGUUGUAGAGGACAAUGACCUUCUGGUCGAUUCUCAGGUUCCAUGUUACUUUGCGGGAGAGUAUUCACAUUCAAUAUUUGCUUUACGGUGCUCAUCAGUCGAAGGCCGUGAGAUCGAUGUUACUAGGCUAGGCUAGAUGGCGAUGUUUCUGGUUGACGUGGGCAUUGUGAAGAGGGACAACAAGACAAGAAACCCUACCCAGUUUGUAGGGUAUUGGUUUCCCCACUAAGCAUGUGGAGAAAGGUUAGAAGGCUUUUUUUCCUAGGGCAACUGCUGAGGGCCUCCAAAGAACAAGCUGUUGAUGAUUUCGGGUGCAGCAUCGUUUGAGUUCCAGUGGUGACACACUUCAUUAGCACAAGUACAAAUUCAAGGGGAACCCCAUUUUCUGUGUUUUGUUUUAUCCAACGUGUUUUCUUUUUCCAGGCUCUGUUGUCUUCGAGGAAGGAAGGAAGGAAGGAAGGAAGGAAGGACGCAAGCUGUGCAGAAGCAAAAGCAACAAGCUACCAAAGGCAGGAAAAGCAGGAGCAGAAAAAAACACAGUCCAAAUUGCCGGCCUAGGUCAGAAGAUGCAGACAAUAGCGAAGAAGUGACUAUGCCGUGAACAAAUACAUACUACUACACUUUGAAGGAAUAUUUCUUGUUUUUUAAAACCAAUCCUGUGUGCAAGCCUGACAUCAUGUGUUUCUCAAGACGGUUGUAACUUUUCCCCAAGGACCCACGCUCAUACAUACAUACGUA